CGAACGCUGGCGGAUCCGUCCCCGGGAGCCGGGGCUGGGGGCGGGGGGCGGGGCGCGGCGUCCUGGGCGUCCUGGCCUGGACGGGGCGGGGGAGGCCAUGGCCUCGGCCGAGUUGCAGGGGAAGUACCAGAAGCUGGCUCAGGAGUACUCGAAGCUUCGGGCUCAGAAUCAGGUCCUGAAAAAAGGUGUGGUAGAUGAACAAGCAAAUUCUGCUGCUCUGAAGGAACAACUGAAAAUGAAAGAUCAGUCAUUGAGAAAGCUACAGCAAGAAAUGGACAGUUUGACAUUUCGGAAUCUGCAGCUUGCCAAGAGGGUAGAACUACUUCAAGAUGAAUUAGCUGUAAGUGAACCUCGAGGCAAGAAAAACAAGAAAAGUGGAGAAUCUUCUUCUCAGUUGAGUCAAGAGCAGAAGAGUGUCUUUGAUGAAGAUCUGCAAAAGAAGAUAGAAGAGAAUGAACGAUUGCAUAUACAAUUUUUUGAAGCAGAUGAGCAGCACAAGCACGUGGAAGCUGAGCUGAGGAGUCGGCUGGCCACUCUGGAGACAGAGGCAGCCCAGCAUCAAGCUGUGGUUGAUGGCCUGACUCGGAAGUACAUGGAAACCAUUGAGAAACUGCAGAAUGAUAAAGCUAAACUCGAGGUAAAAUCUCAGACUCUAGAAAAGGAGGCCAAGGAGUGUCGACUUCGAACAGAAGAAUGUCAAUUACAAUUAAAGAAUCUUCAUGAAGAUUUGUCAGGUAGAUUAGAGGAAUCCUUGUCAAUCAUCAAUGAAAAAGUACCUUUUAAUGAUACAAAGUACAGUCAAUAUAAUGCGCUCAACGUUCCACUCCACAACAGGAGACAUCAGCUAAAGAUGCGGGAUAUUGCCGGGCAGGCCCUGGCUUUUGUUCAAGACCUGGUGACAGCUCUUCUCAACUUUCACACCUAUACAGAACAGAGGAUUCAGAUUUUUCCUAUUGAUUCUGCCAUUGACACUAUAUCUCCAUUGAAUCAAAAGUUCUCCCAGUACCUUCAUGAAAAUGCGUCCUAUGUCCGCCCCCUUGAAGAAGGAAUGCUACAUCUAUUUGAGAGUAUUACUGAGGAUACCGUGACUGUCCUGGAGACAACUGUGAAAUUGAAAACAUUCUCAGAGCACUUAACUUCCUACAUAUGUUUUCUUAGAAAGAUUCUUCCAUACCAGUUGAAAAGUUUAGAAGAAGAAUCUGAAUCUUCGCUGUGCACAUCUGCGUUAAGAGCCAGGAAUCUAGAGCUGUCCCAGGACAUGAAAAAGAUGACAGCUGUGUUUGAGAAGCUGCAGACUUACGUCGCUCUUCUCGCGCUGCCAAGUACAGAGCCAGAUGGACUCCUUCGAACAAAUUAUAGCUCUGUCUUGACAAAUGUUGGUGCUGCUCUGCAUGGAUUUCAUGAUGUCAUGAAAGAUAUUUCCAAACAUUAUAGUCAAAAAACUACAAUAGAACAUGAACUUCCAACAGCAACACAGAAGCUUAUCACUACUAAUGACUGUAUCCUGUCAUCAAUAGUGGCAUUAACAAAUGGAGCAGGAAAGAUUGCAUCGUUCUUUGGCAAUAACCUGGACUACUUCAUCACUUCGCUGAGCUAUGGGCCUAAGGCAGCAAGUGGAUUCAUCAGUCCUCUUUCAGCAGAAUGCAUGUUGCAGUAUAAGAAAAAAGCUGCUGCCUAUAUGAAGGCUUUGAGAAAGCCCCUCGUGGAGUCUGUGCCUUAUGAAGAAGCACUGUCAAACCGCCGUGUCCUUCUCAGCUCUACUGAAAGUCGAGAAGGCCUUGCACAACAGGUUCAGCAGAGUUUGGAAAAGAUUUCUAAACUGGAACAGGAAAAGGAACAUUGGAUGUUGGAAGCCCAGUUAGCCAAAAUCAAGCUUGAAAAAGAAAACCAGCGGAUUGCAGACAAGCUGAAGAAUGCCAACGGUGGGCAGCUGGGUGGACUGACCCAAGACAGUGCUACAGUGCUGAAUGCUGCUUCUCAGGGUGGAGCUGCCACGAAGGCUGCAUCUGAGCCAGUUCAGGGCACCAGUGAGAUUGGGAUUUUAACCAGGACAUCUGACAGUGAGGCUCCAGAUGUUGAAUCCCGUGAAGACUUGAUUAAAAACCACUACAUGGCCAGGAUAGUGGAACUUACGUCUCAGCUACAGCUGGCUGACAGUAAGUCAGUGCACUUUUAUGCUGAGUGUCGGGCACUCUCUAAGAGAUUGGCCUUGGCAGAAAAGUCGAAGGAGGCGUUGACAGAGGAGAUGAAACUUGCUAGUCAGAACAUCAGCCGACUUCAGGAUGAGCUAACCACCACCAAGAGGAGUUACGAGGAUCAGUUAAGCAUGAUGAGUGACCAUCUGUGCAGCAUGAACGAGACGUUGUCUAAGCAGAGAGAAGAGAUCGACACCCUGAAGAUGUCCAGUAAGGGAAAUUCUAAGAAGAACAAGACUCGAUAGUUUACAUGUAACUGGUUGGCAACUGUACUUUCCAGAACUGCUGCUACUGCUGCAGAGAACUGCAGGGCCCAGACCACGUCCAGUGCGGGCGGCCUUCGGCAAGCUGAAGUGUUGCUGGACCCAGUAAACUAGUUGGUGUUGUAAAUGGCCUUGAGACAUUUAAAAUAUAUUUGUAACCAGGAAGGCAAAUACUGAAUUGGAUGUUGACAGUGAAAUGGAAAACAAUACAUGUACCAUGGAUAUUGUAGGUUUCCUUCUGCUGUUUUUACUGUGCACUUUUUAAAAUUAGGUUUUAAUUUCGGUAUGUAAGAACAACAAAUAUUUUGUAUAUUUUCAAACUCAAUUAUAUGCUAAUCAAUUUGGUAUCUAUGGAAUAGAUCUAUGUUUCUGGUUGAAAUGCUUAAAUUGUUCAGCUGUCAUUACUUCUUACUGUGAUUGAAAGCCGUCUACAGAUUCUUUUUUUAAGAUUUAUUCAUAUUCUCUUUUUCCCUCUCUACCUCUGCUCCUUCUUUACCCCUCUCCUUCCCUUCCCUCUUCCUCCUUCUCCCUUCACCUUUCAGCCUUCCUCCCCCUUCCCUUGGCCCAAGAGGAGGGAGGGAGUAUGCCUUGCAAACUUCAGAUUUUGUGGGUUUGUUAUCAUUGUCUUCAGCUCUCCAGUACCCUCUCUGUGUUUGAAUAACAGCUAAAGGAAAUUCAUGUCAAUAAAUUCAUACUUACAUCAAA